AUGGGUGAUUACGAAAAUGUAUUGCUUGUAAAGCCAAAAGUCUUUGUCUACCGCAUCCCACCAAUCGGAACAUCAGGUCAUAAAGCCGCCGACUGGAACCUCGACGCGCCUGCAUGGACAGGAAGAAUGCGACUAGUGGCGAUUGGAAAACGUCUAGAGAUGCGACUCGAGGAUGGAGAGACUUGCGAUUUGUACGCCAAGUGUCCCAUCGAUGCUCACCCGGGGAACGCGGUCGAAGCAGUCAGCGAUAGUUCGAGAUACUUUGUGAUUCGCUUGAUGAACGACAACGGGCAGCAAGCAUUCGUCGGCUGUGGAUUCCAGGAGCGCGGUGACGCCUUCGAUUUCAAUGUGACGUUACAAGACCACUUCCGAUACAUCGAACGAAGUGCUGAGCUGGAGAAACAGGAUCUCAGCGCCGGACCGAGUCUUGAUCUGGCUUUCAAAGAGGGCCAGACGAUUUCUAUUAAUAUUGGGAAAAAGAACAAGAACGCGGUGCCACGACCUCGUCCGGCUGCUGCAGCUGCUCCGGGUGGCCUUGUUCCGUUGCUUCCACCACCGCCAGGUGCUGGGUCUAUGCCUAAAAAUGUCCAAAAAGUUAAAAUCCCGUCUAAUAAUCUUAAGCUUAAGGGUCCCGGUGUCGCCGUUCCACCAGCUGGCUCCGCGUCGGCCACAGCGAUCCGUCGUCUCCAGAAGGACUUUGCGAAGCUCAUGCAGGACCCAGUGGAUGGAAUCAAAGCGUUGCCCAACGAGGAGAACAUUCUCGAGUGGCACUAUUGUCUUCGUGGAAGUCCAGACACUCCGUUCCAGGGAGGAUUCUAUUGGGGAAAAGUGAUCUUCAAGGAGAACUUUCCGUGGAGUCCACCAGCUAUCACAAUGAUCACUCCGAACGGACGUUUCGCGACGAACACGCGUUUGUGCCUCUCGAUUUCUGAUUAUCAUCCGGAAUCGUGGAAUCCUGGAUGGACGGUGUCGGCGAUUCUCAUAGGACUUCACUCGUUUAUGAACGAGAAUCAGCCGGCUGCUGGAUCAGUGGCUGGAACUCCACAGGAGCAGAGAAAUCUCGCGGCGGCUAGCAAGGAAUUCAAUGUCAAGUACCGCGAAUUCCGUCACUUCUUUCCGCAAUACGUGCAAGAAUGGACUGGCGUCAUUCCAAGUCCAGAUGAGCCCAACGUUGCUCCAAAGAUGCUCCCGGAGCACGCCACACCAACUGGAAUACCUGUUCCCGACAUGGCACAUCACUCGUCUCGUGCCGCCUACGCGAAUCGUGGUGGAUUCGAUGAUAUGAUGAACGUGCUUCGUGGAGCUGGAGCAGCUGGUCAGAGAAGACCCCCUCCAGGUGCUCCAGCGAUGUAUUAUGCGGCGCCACCGCCAGCAGCCCCAGCAGCUAUGCCACCAGCACUGUACCAUGAUCUCGCCGCACUCGCAGCUCAACAACGUCAACAAGCUCAGCAGAACGCUCAGGCCGUUCAACAGGCUGCCGCUGCCGUCAUGGGAGUUGCUCCAGUGGCUGCUGCUCCGGCUGUGCCAGUUAUAGCCGCUGCCCCAGUUCAUGCUGUCGCUCCACAACAACGCACUCUUCGUCCACGUGGAGGUGCCGCCGUCGCCGCUGUUGUUCCUGCUCAGCCACAGCAACCAGAAGUGCCGGUGGGACGACAAACUCGCCGAGCCACCAGACGCAAUCAGAACAAUCCACCAGAAGCAGCGGUUCCAGCGAAGCGUCGAAACAAUCGUACAUAA